AUGCUGCACUCCAAAGCGUCACAAUGGCAAAAUAUUUUGAUCAUAUUUCUUUGUAUUUUAGUUCAAUUUUGCUCUCCGGUAAAUGCGGCUAUCAAACCAGAUAUUGGCGCACUUGCCUUUUCAUUUGAUCUUGGGAAUGUGCAAUUGUCCCAAGAUCGCUUUCUGGAUAAUCAAGGCCGCACCUUGAACUACUUGAAGGACAUAGAUGUUGAAAGGCUUCUUUAUGUCUUCCGGGUGAAUCAUGGUCUGGAUACACAACAGGCAGAUCCUAACGGCGGAUGGGAUUCUCCAGAUUUCCCAUUCCGUUCGCAUGUUCAGGGCCAUUUUCUCAGUGCUUGGGCUCAAUGCUAUGCUGUACUCGGCGACCAAACAUGCUACGAUCGAGCAACUUACUUUGUUGCGGAGUUGAAAAAGUGCCAAGCCAACAACAAAGCUUCCGGCUUCACAGAUGGUUACUUAUCUGGUUUCCCAGAAUCAGACUUCGCAAAGCUUGAGAACGUCACUCUUUCUAACGGCAACGUUCCUUAUUAUGCUAUUCACAAGACACUGGCGGGUCUCCUGGACACCUGGCGCCUUGUAAAUGAUACAACUUCUCGGGAUGUCCUUCUUUCCAUGGCUCAGUGGGUCGAUGAUCGCACGACUUCCUUGAGCUACGAUAAAAUGCAAGAAAUACUGCAAACUGAAUUUGGCGGUAUGAAUGAAGUUCUGGCUGACAUCUACCACCAAACUGGUGACGAUAAAUGGCUCACCGUUGCCAAGCGCUUUGAUCAUGCGGCAGUCUUUAAUCCUCUCGCAGGCGACAAAGAUGAGCUUGAUGGUCUCCAUGCAAAUACUCAAGUUCCCAAAUGGAUCGGGGCAGUUCGCCAAUACAAAGCUACGGGAGAUUCUCGAUACCUGGAUAUUGCCCGCAACGCCUGGAAAAUAAAUGUCAACGCGCACACGUAUGCGAUCGGUGGUAACAGUCAAGCCGAACAUUUUCACGCCCCAAACGCCAUUGCGGCAUAUCUUACGAGUGACACCUGUGAAGCAUGUAAUUCCUAUAACAUGCUCAAGCUAACUCGCGAGUUGUGGCUUGUAGAUCCUGAGAAUAGUGCAUAUUUUGACUUCUAUGAAAAUGCAUUACUCAAUCACCUCCUAGGGCAACAGAAUCCCGAUAGUGAGCAUGGCCAUAUUACUUAUUUCACUCCUCUCAACGCUGGUGGUCGUCGUGGCGUCGGACCUGCAUGGGGUGGCGGUACCUGGAGUACAGAUUACGACUCAUUCUGGUGCUGUCAAGGUACAGCGAUAGAAACGAACACUAAAUUGAUGGACUCGGUCUAUUUCUACAGCGACUCAACAUUGUUUAUCAAUCUGUUUAUGUCUUCAAUUCUACUGUGGCCGGAGAUGGGAAUUACCCUGAAACAAUCUACAUCCUACCCCGUCAGCGACAAAUCAAGAUUGGAAGUGUCUGGCAGUGGUAACUGGAAAAUGAACAUUCGCAUUCCAAGCUGGACGUCAGAUGUUGUGAUAACAGUCAAUGGUGAAGUUUUAUCUAAUGUUCAGGUUUCUCCGGGAUCAUAUGCUCAAAUUUCGCGCUCAUGGACUGAUGGAGAUGUUGUCGAAAUUCACCUCCCCAUGAGAUUACGGACGAUAGUUGCCAACGACAAUUCAAGUAUGGCCGCAAUUGCUUAUGGCCCGACCAUCUUGUGUGGAAAUUAUGGCGACCAAGUACUGAACAGUAUCCCAUCUCUUGCUCUUGACUCUAUUCACCGAAUGGAUGAUUCUGACCUCCAAUUCACCUCUCUCGCUGACGAUAAGAAUGUUCCGCUGAGUGCAUUCUAUGACGCCCAGGGCUAUAAUUAUAAUGUAUACUGGGCUAUUACAGGAAGCCUUCCUACUGAAAAUUAG